AUUCAGUAUUCAUUCACUAAUCACUUCACAGUUCACACACUUGUUGAAAGUUGAGACGUAAACGUUUAACGUUAAAACUUGUUUCUUGAAGGCUGCUUUGUAAAUAGACAGUAUGUAAUUUUUUUGGAAGUUUAUAACACAAAGCGAAGGAAUACAGUUGUGGCAAAAAUUAGUUAAUUUUUGGAGAUACCAAUAAUUUACUUUUGAAUGAUCUCCAAGUACAAGAAAUGGGUAAAACCGUUAAUAUAUUUCUCUGGGGCAUCUUGGCAGCGUCAGCAACUUGGAGCGUUUCGUUGUACCUCUACUGGUUGCUCAGUGUGAGCGGUUCUAAUAAAAUACAAAAUGCAGAACAAAGAAUACAAUAUCAUUUAGUAAACUCAGAAGAAAAAUAUAGAUUGAAAAAUAAUGAUAAGUCUAUUGUUGAUUUAGAAGGAAAGAAUCUCUUGUAUGAUAACUUAAAAGCAAAUUUUAAAGAUUCAAGUAGGCUGUGGAAAAAUAAUAGAGAUCAUUCUGAAUAUUUGAGAAAAAUAAUGCUCAAAGAGAAGUUUUCCCGGCAGUUUGGUCUCAAACCCCUAAAAUUGGAUAAAAGUCUAGAAAAUCAAAAUGGGUUAAUUCGCAAUGCGGAAGAUGUAAGAAUAAGAGAAAAAGGGUAUAAUUUACAUGCAUUUAAUACACUCAUCUCUCAAAGAAUCGGAAAUCAUAGACAGUUACCAGAUACAAGACAUAAACUGUGUAAAUCGAUGCAAUAUCCAGAGAGGCUUCCUAAGGCAUCAAUAAUAAUUUGCUUUUACAAUGAGCAUUUUGAGACUCUCAUGAGGUCCAUACAUUCUAUAUUAGAUCGUACAGAACAAAAAUACUUAAAAGAAAUUGUAUUGAUUGAUGACUUUAGUGACAUAGAAAAUUUGCAUACCAAUGUUCAAGCAGCAGUUGAUAAGUUGAAUAAUAGAAUGAGAAAAGAGGAAGAAAUGAUUGAAACUAACAAUAUAGAUGGUGAAAAUAUUGUUGAUUACAUUAAUGAUGAUAAUGGGGAGUUAAAAAAGACUACAGACCGUCAAGCAGCAAAAUUGUCUAAGAGUGGGUUAAAUAUUAGACUAUUGAAAACUAGUAAGAGAGAAGGGUUGAUACGAGCAAGGUUGUAUGGAGCAGAUAAUAGUGUAGGAGAGGUACUUAUAUUCUUGGAUUCCCAUAUUGAGGUGAAUGAGAAUUGGCUACCUCCGUUGCUGUCACAAAUAUCCCAGGGAGUGGACGGAGUUGAGACACGCUAUUCUUCAAAUGUUGUAGCUCCAAUGAUUGAUGUAAUUAAUGCAGACACAUUUGAUUAUACUGCAAGUCCUUUAGUUCGUGGUGGCUUUAAUUGGGGUCUGCAUUAUAAAUGGGACAAUGUACCUAAAAGUCUACUUAAAGAUGAUGCAGAUUUUGUUAAACCAAUUAAGUCGCCGACUAUAGCCGGUGGUCUCUUCGCUAUAUAUAGGGAAUAUUUCAAUAAAAUUGGUAAAUAUGAUUCUGGAAUGAACCUAUGGGGUGGAGAAAAUUUGGAAAUCUCAUUUAGGAUAUGGAUGUGUGGUGGUAAAUUGGAAUUAAUACCUUGUAGUCGUGUGGGUCACGUGUUCAGGAAACGCAGGCCAUAUGGCCUUGGUAAUAAAGAGGACUUCAUGCUACAUAAUUCUAUGCGAAUGGCGCGUGUGUGGAUGGACGAAUACGUUAAUAAAGUUAUAGAACACAACCCGGCGGCUGCUCACGUCUCCAUAGGUGAUAUUUCUGAACGUCAAAAACUUCGGCAGGAACUAAACUGCAAGUCCUUUAAGUGGUAUCUUGAGAAUGUUUACCCAGAACUGGAGGCUGGGGAAGAUACAAUAGCUAAGAAAAGGAUUCAAGCCCUCAAUGAUCCAGACAAGAACAAAUUUCAGCCGUGGCAUUCUAGAAAACGGAAUUACACUGAUUCCUAUCAAAUACGAUUAAAGAACACGAGCCUUUGUAUACAAAGCGCAAAAGACAUCAAGACUAAAGGUAGUGGGCUAGUACUAGUGAACUGUAUUAGGAGUCUUAAUCAGGUUUGGUUUGAAACGGAUCGAAGUGAACUAGUUCUAGCACGAACACUGUGUCUCGAUGCUGUUAAUAAUGUAUCACCACUACUUGGAAAGUGUCAUGAGCUGGGAAGUACACAGGAGUGGAAGCAUAAGGGCUCGGCUGGGAGCCCAAUAUACAAUGCAGCAGCUGGAAUGUGUUUGGGAGUUGAUCGCGCCUACCGGAAUGAACCUAUUUUGAUGGUGAUUUGCAACAACGAAUCGAAAAAUCAAUGGGAUUUUAUCAGAUCGUAAACUUUGAUACUUUUAGUUUUAGAAAUAGUGAUUAAUUAACAUUUUGCAAUUCAAAUUCUGUUGUAUUGUAAUUGUUCUACUGUAAUAUAUGAAUCUCAUGUGAAUUUCAAAUUAAGUAUUUUAGUUUUGGGCCUAGAUUAAUUUCAUAUAUUUUUUUUAUUAUAAUAUAUUAUUAUGUUUUGCAACAAAUGAACUAUUGCAAUGAGUCAUUAAUUAAAAUCAAGAAAGUCUAAAAACUAAAAACCGUUCUUAAACUAGCUUUUUUAAAGACUUUUUUAAUGAUACAUCAAGGAAACGUUGCAAUCUG